GAAACUCUCCCUGUGUGAAGUAGCAUAAGCACGGGGACAGACAGAGUGGUUCAAAUUUGAAGGAUUAUGGCUUCCUCUUCUUCUGCUCCGUUUGAUGAGUGUGAUCAGGAAGGUUUAGGGUUAUCGCAAGAAGACUACGACCUGAUGUAUGGGUCUGAAUCCGGAUGGGUGGAGGCUCGAUCUUCGUGCGAUCAUCUUGCCUCCUUAUCCGCCGAUCUCAGCCACAUUCCGCCUCCCGGCACACCCUGCCACACCUGCCAACACCCCUCCGAAAACUGGCUCUGCCUCUCCUGCAAGCAGGUCCUCUGUGGCCGUUUCGUCAACAAGCACAUGCUCCACCACUUCCACCACACUAAUCACUCUCUCGCCCUCAGUUUCAGUGAUCUCUCCUUCUGGUGUUUCUCCUGCGACGCUUACUUGGAUGCCCAACUCAUUCCCCAACUGCGCCCUGUUCAUCAACUAGCUUACAUCAUCAAAUUCGGCGAGCCUCCACCACUCCCUCUUAUUCAACAUCAACCUUCCUCUGCCACCUCGGAUUAGUAAAUCUCCUGUUAACUUAUAUCGCUGCUUUUGCUGUUGGAUAGUAUCUAAGCAAUUGUAAGAUUUUACUUCAUCAAUCCCGAUGCUUGCCUCUUGUGUUUACUCCACUUCUCAUUGCAUUAGCUUAGGUGGUGAUGUUUAGCCUCAUAGGUAAUUCAGUUCUGCAUCCUUCGUGUCAAGCCAAGGUACAAUUUUCGGAGUGCUAAACAUGCCAUGGAAUGUUUUUCACUUUUUCCUCUAAAUUGAUUUUACCUAACUCUGGUGGAGUAAGUAUGUUCUUAUUUUUUGUUAAUGGAGAGGUAUUGCCUAUUGUAAUUACAGA